AUGGCUUCCACAAUUUCAUUCACAUCUUCUCUACGUUCACCUCUCGCUUUAUCUCCAUCUUCCUUAUCCAAAUCCGCUUCACCGUUCUCGGUCUCGUUUCCACGGAAGAUUCCCAGCCAGAUCAGAGCUCAAGACCAGAGAGAAAACUCCAUUGAUGUUGUUCACCAAGGACAAAAAGGGAAUCAAGGAUCUAGUGUCGAGAAAAGACCUCAACGCUUAGCCAUGGACGUUUCCCCUUUCGGAUUGUUGGAUCCUCUGUCUCCAAUGAGGACAAUGCGUCAAAUGCUGGACUCCGUGGACAAGAUGUUCGAGGAUGCUAUGACUUUCCAAGGAAUGAACAGAGGAGGCAAUAAUGGAGUUUCAGAGAUUCGUGCGCCAUGGGACAUCAAAGAGGAAGAACAUGAGAUCAAGAUGCGUUUCGACAUGCCUGGACUGUCCAAAGAAGAUGUUAAAGUCUCUGUCGAAGAUAACCUCCUUGUAAUUAGAGGAGAGCAGAAGAAGGAAGAUGAUAAUGAUUCUUGGUCUGGAAGAAGCUUUAGCUCUUAUGGAACGCGGCUUCAGCUACCAGACAACUGUGAGAAAGACAAGAUCAAAGCUGAGCUCAAGAACGGAGUCCUCUUUAUUUCCAUUCCAAAAACCAAAGUCGAACGCAAAGUCAUCGAUGUCCACAUUCAGUAA